AUGCCAUAUUCGAGGAUAAAGCCGUCGGAGCAGUUACUUGAAGAGGCGCAGGCUACUAAAAACUUUCUACGACUGAUGAUGCUCGAUCAGAUCGCCGAUAGCGCCGUUAUUUUGAUCUUUGUUCCAACACCUGUCGAUGCCAGCGGUAAAAUUUAUCAUGUUGGUGACGUAAAAAAAGACCUGAGCCCUAAAUUCACCCGCGUCGAUGGAGACCUUAGGAUAUCUCAGGUCGCUUUGGGUAGCGUUACCAUUAUGCAGUCCAUACGUGAUGCGGAAGCUGUCAAGGCUAUGGAAAACACAGUGCGCGACGUCAAUAUUGCGUUUGUUAACGAGCUUGCAAAGAUAAGCGAUGUUCUCGACCUGGAUGUUGUCGAUAUCAUAGAUGGUAUGGCAACCAAGCCUUUUGGCAAAGGUCCCUUUUACCCAGGUGUCGGAGUCGGUGGGCAUUGUAUCGCCGUCGAUCCCGAGUGGCUUAAGGCUGCGUCACAAAAGGCGGGCUAUAUGCCGGAAAUUAUCAAUCUGGCGCGUGCCACGAAUAAUGGUAUGCCGGAAUACACCGUGUCGAUAUUGCAAAACCUACUCAAUGACUGCGGAUACCCACUGAAAAAUACCGGAAUAGCGAUACUUGGCGUGGCCUAUAAACGCAAUGUGGAUGACCCGAGAGAGUCACCUUUUUAUAAAGUUAAAAGUUUGCUGGAAAAUAAGGGUGCCAAUCUCCAUAUUUAUGACAGUUGGUACAACAAGGAAAAUACCGUCGAGUCUUUAAAAGAAGCGAUAGAAAAUUCCAGGGCAAUUUUGAUUAUUACCGAGCACGCCGACAUUUUGGAAAGCUUAGAAAAAAUGGAUAUUGCGAACUCGAGUAUAGAAGUCGUUGUCGAUGGCAGAAACUGCUUAGAUGCAGAGCUAGUGAAUCGCUGGAAUAUACUCUAUCGUGGUAUUGGGCGCCGGUCUGCCGCGGAUGGACGAAAAGCAAAUGAUUGA